CGCCAGGUGCGCGGACGGUGAAAGGCGCGGGGCUCCGGGGUCCCCUGCACCACGCGCCCGCGCUCCCGCGCUGUGUUCGGGGCUAUGCCUCCGCUCUGGGCCCUGCUGGCCCUCGGCUGCCUGCGGCUUGGCGUGGGUGUCAACCUCCAGCCCCAACUGGCCAGCAUGACCUUUGCCACCAACAACCCCACCCUCACCACGGUGGCCUUGGAAAAGCCUCUCUGCAUGUUUGACAGCUCAGCGGCCCUUGACGGCACCUAUGAGAUCUACCUCUAUGUCCUUGUCGACCUAGCGAGCUCCAGGAACGCCUCCGUGCAGGACGACAGCAGGACCCCCCUGAGUUCCACGUUCCAGCAGACAGAGGGAGGGAGGACAGGCCCCUACAAGGCUGUGGCCUUUGACCUGUCCCCCUGCAGCGACUUGCCCAGCUUGGAUGCCCUAGGGGACGUGGCCCGGGCCUCGGAAAUCCUAAAUGCCUACCUUGUCAGGGUGGGUGCCAACGGGACCUGCCUGUCAGACCCCAACUUCCGGGGCCUCUGUAACCCGCCCCUGUCUGCAGCCACGGAAUACAGGUUCAAGUACGUCCUUGUCAACAUGUCCACGGGCUUGGUACAGGACCAGACCCUGUGGUCAGACCCCAUCCGCACCAACCGGCUCACCCCAUACUCAGCGAUCGACACGUGGCCCGGCCGGAGAAGCGGAGGCAUGAUCGUCAUCACGUCCAUCUUGGGCUCCCUGCCCUUCUUCCUGCUCGUCGCCUUUGCCGGUGCCGUCGUCCUCAGCCUUUUGGACACGGGCAGCUCGGACAGGGAAACGACACAUGACUCCCAGAUCACGCAGGAGGCCGUCCCCAGGUCCCUGGGGGCCUCGGAGGCUGCGUACACAUCUGUGAACCGGGGGCCGCCGCUGGACCGGGCCGAGGUGUACACCAGCAAGCUCCAGGACUGAACCCGGGCUCCACCCGCGGGCGGCCACACUGUCCUGGCUGGCCUCACCCUGGGGACAGUGGGGAGUGCGGGUGGGGAGGGGGGGUGUCUGCGCACAGCAGGUGCUCACGCCCUGACCCCACCCGAGGAACAGGGCAUGUUGGUCCAACUUGCAGGAAGGCUUCUAAUAAAAUCUUCCUAAGAUUCUGAGUUCGAUAGAGACGUACUGAAGGAAGGAGUGAGAAGGUGGGUGAAUGAGUCGGUGUCAUAUGGAGGGGUUGGAUUAUUUCUCUGGAGGGUGGGGGCAAGGGUCUGAUUUUCCAUCGGAGUCGGGGUGGUGAGGGUUAGGGAAACUGAGGCUAUGGGAACAUCUGGACAAUGGGUCCUGAGAAACGGGCUGUGCGUGCAGUCAUUAGAUGGUGUUUGGGGUCUGCUGGCCAUGAGGUCCUAGAAGCUAAAGUGGGCACCCAGGGGGCAGCUGCUGGCAGCUCCUGUCACCCCCAGCAACCGUCUCCUUCCCUCUGGGGCUCAGCUUCCUCAUCUAUAAAAUGGGCUGAUAUAAAUGGCUAAUUUCAAGGCUCCUUCUCAGCUUUCCCUGAAGACCCAAGGUGGGCAGGCAGAAGAGGGGUACCAAGUCCACUUGGGGGGUGAAGGGGCUCUCCCGGCCCUGCUUCUCCGCUCAGAUGGCUCACUUCCCUCUUCUGAGCCAGGUAGUAAGACUACUUCCCUUUGGGGAAUGAGCAAAAGGAGUCACAGUCCCACUUCCCUUUUCCCUGAAAGAAGAAACGUGUCAGAGCAGGUCCGGGGUGUAAAGCAGGAACACUCCCCGUCGGCUGGAGGAGGCCGCAUUCCUGAGAGGCGCCAUGCUCCCCACGGGCCUUCAUCACCAGUGUCGGGACGGGGUGCUCUGCGGGCCCUGGAUCGUUCUCUGGGGGCACGGACGCUGAGACACACACAGAUCUGCUAGAGGGUUCCAAGGCAGAGGAGGCAGGAAGGAGGCAGAAGCUAUGGGAAGAAGCCUAAAGGCAGGGAGGGGUCUGGAGAAACCGGAGCCACUGAGAGUCCCCGGAGCCGAGAGGAGCCCAGACCCUGGGCAGCGGGGAUGGGAGGGGGCGAUGGUGCCGCUCUCUAGGGGGCGCCCAGCCCAGGUGUGCCUUGGACUAGCUCCCAGAUCCCUCCAGACUGUCUUCCAGGACACCGGAGUCUGCCUGAGCAGCCUCUGGAAUUCCCGCCUCCCCCGUCUUGUGUGCCCUCCCCAACCCCAGCUCCGUUAGGACAGUCCCUCAGCGCUUCCCUCAGAGAAUGCCCGGCUGCAGCGGAGGGGAGGAAACGCUCCCUGGAAGUCCGCUGCUGUGGAAACUUCGUGCAAGUUUGCAUUCUGCUUCUAACACGUCUGUCUUUAUUUUUAUUUUGUUUUUAAUUGAGGUGAGAUUGACAUAACAUAAAAUUAACUGUUUCAAAGCAAACAAUUGCGUGCCAUUUAGUACAUUCU